CCUCACUGCGCGGAGGCUGAGAGGUGGCUGGAGAGAGAGAUCACCAGCACUGUCCACAAAGUGGUGCGGCGGCUGCGGUUGGAGCAUUUUGUGAGUUCUCUGCAACCCCAGCCUCACUGCGCGGAGGCUGAGAGGUGGCUGGAGAGAGAGAUCACCAGCACUGUCCACAAAGUGGUGCGGGAUUUCGUUGCCUCCUGCCCAGCAGCUGAGGUAGCGUACACCAGGGCUGCUGUGGAGAUGCUGCUGCGGGCGCUGGUGCCUCGGCCGCACCUGGAGACACGGACAGGACGCUUCGUGGUGGUGGAGCUGGUUGCCUGCAAUGUGCUGCUGCCGGCCGUCAGGAAGAUGGCUGAUCCUGACUGGAUCAACUUACUGCUCAUUGGGGCUUUCUCCAAGAAGCCCAGGGGUGAGAAGCUACCCCCUGCACCCCUGGUGCCUGAUUGUUUACCUGUGAAGGUGCAGACAGACUCUACCCCUGCUGGGCUACCUCCCUCCCCAAGAGCUUCAGAGCUGCCCAGAAGAGAGGCAGGGGCUGCUGGCGAGGAGGGAGAGGAUGUGGCGAGCAGGCUGUGCCACCCAGAAGAGUCUUUCCUCCGCCCACGAGCCCUGGGCUCCCUCUUCCCCUGUGAGGAUUUGGAGCUGGAGUCCCCUGUGCCCGAUGCGGGCCAGGACGUGGACCUACUGGCCCCAUCACCCACGGGGGAGUUCCUUGAUGAAUCUCUCCAGGACACUUCUGCUGUGCUAGAGGGACCAGCCGCUUUGGAAGAUGGCAUGGGGGACCUGGAGGAGGGUACUGCCACCCCCUUGGAUGCUGGCCUCCUUCCCACCUCAGCUAUUGCCCUGAGCUCCUGCCCUGACAUCCAGAUCGACCCAGCAGCUGAGAGGGAAGAGGAGAGCUCAGCUGUCCCAAGGAAGUCCUCCUCACAGAGGCCCUCCAGCUUGGGGAAAGAGCUGGGGACAGGAGAGGGGUUACCACAGAGCUCACCGGACCCUGGGCAGGCUCUGCCCCUGCUCUCCUCCUCCCCAACAGCUUUGGUCAGCUCCUUCCACUUUGAGCCCCUCAGCAGCCCUGACGGGCCGGUCGUCAUCCAGAACUUGAGGAUAACUGGGACCAUCACUGCACGAGAGCACAGCGGGACUGGCUUCCACCCCUACACCCUGUACACUGUUAAGUAUGAGACAGCCUUGGAGGGUGAGAAUGCGGGCAGCCUCCAGCAAAUGGCUUACCACACCGUGAACCGCCGUUACCGGGAGUUCCUCAACCUCCAGACCAGGCUGGAGGAGAAACCGGAGCUUCGCAAGUUCCUGAAAAAUAUCAAAGGCCCAAAGAAACUCUUCCCUGAUCUCCCGUUUGGAAACAUGGACAGCGAUAAAGUGGAAGCCAGAAAAAGUCUGCUAGAAUCUUUCUUGAAGCAACUGUGUGCGGUGCCUGAGAUUGCAAACAGUGAGGAAGUGCAGGAGUUUCUUGCCCUGAACACUGAUGCAAGGAUCGCGUUCGUCAAGAAGCCUUUCGUUGUCUCCAGGAUAGACAAGAUUGUUGUCAAUGCCAUCGUGGACACCUUGAAGACGGCGUUCCCCAGGUCAGAGCCACAGAGUCCCACGGAGGAUCUCAGCGAGUCUGAAGUGGAUGGGAAAUCUCAGACAGAUGGGAAGAAGGCCAACAAGUCCAGGCUAAGGUUCUCAUCCAGUAAAAUCACUCCGGUGCUGAGCGUGAGCGAAGCCCACGACAAGAUUGUGUACUCUAUCAGGGAGGGCAGUGCUGUCCCUGGCACCCUGUCACUGGCUGCUAUGGAGUCCUUCAUCCAGAAGCAGGAGAAGCUGCUGGAGGCAAUCUCCAGCAAAGCUCCUGAAGGGCAGGCAGGCCGAGAGACAAAGGAAAGCUCCGUGCAGGACUAUUCGGACGGGCUCAGCACAUCGGAGCAGGGGGCACAGACAGCUUUGGCUGACCUGGCCCUGGAUGUGCUUCGUCUGCUGCUGAUGGAUCACUGGAGCUGGCUGUGCACAGAGAAUAUGCAGAAGGUCUUCCACCUGCUUUUCGGGACCCUGGUUCAAAGGUGGCUGGAAGUCCAGGUGGUGAACCUGACCUGCACACAGCGUUGGGUCCAGUAUCUCCAGUUGCUGCAGGAAUCCAUCUGGCCUGGAGGAGUUCUACCAGCAGUGCCUAAACCAGCCAGGACAGAGGAACAGAAGAAAGCAGCAGCAGAGCAGGCCCUGCAGAGCCUGAUGGGGAUCUUGCCUAAUGUGAUCCAAGAAAUCCUCGGAACCAGUAAGUGUCGGAUGAGCUGGAAUGUGGUGCUGGAAUCCCUGGGCCAGCCUGUGAUCAACAGGCACCUGGUUUUCUGCCUCUUGGACAUUCUGCUGGAGUUCUUGGUUCUGAAGGGCUCCAGCGAUGAGCUCGAGGCUGCAGCUGUUGUGCCGUCUGCCUCCAGAGGCCUGGACAAAGCAGGCAUUUCAGCACGUUAACCAGGGCUGGGGUAGCCAGCAGCAGAGAAAAGAAGAGAAGCAGCCACAGGCAUGGAAAGACUUGACUUUCAGUGUUUACUGAACAUGUCUGGGAGCUUCUUGUAAAGAAAUUUUCCAGCCAGCGCUAAAUGAGGCUGCUUCCAGGCUUCUCUGAUUUGGCUGG